CUGAACACCUCAAGGACUGUUGGAGGCCUUCAGCAGCUGUAUUUGGUCUGAUCUCUGCCCACAUCACUGGAAAGCCGUGUGUGUUGUGUCUGCAGCAGUGUGUGUGUGUGUGUGUGUGUGUGUGUGUGUGUGUGUGUAGUCCUGUAGGUGUGUGUGAUGUUUGUUUCUGUGAUUCCUCGGCGUGCGUCUCUGCACCGACGUUUAACCACUGAAUGUUGUUUUUUUUCUCCUCGCGGGUCGUUUUCGUCGCUGUGAUUUCAGAACUGGAGGUCCGGAGAGAGACGGAGAGCGAAAACUAUUUAUCUGUCCUUAGAGAAACAUUUUCACUUCCCAGCUGAGGAAGUGAUGUAACGUCUGAAAACCCCAAGAAAAAUAGACAAAUAUGGAAUUACACAGCAUUUGUUUUCUUCUGUAGCGGAGUCUGUUGCGUUGGUCGAUCUCCAACCUGCUCCGUUUGGUCAUGAGCGACCAAACGCUGGACGUCAGGUCUUAUAGCUGCUCAUGUAUGUACAGUUUGCUGCUGGUUUACAGAUUCUCCUGUUUGUUAGAUUACAAAUAAAAACUAAAAGAAUCACAGGUUUGUUUUUUAGAAUAAACUAAGUGGUCUAAAACUGUCCAGUACGUGCUCAUCCACAUUAUUUAUAAAUGAUGAUGUGAUAUUUCUACAUUUGACCAUAAAAUGAGUAAACGGUGGAACUGAUCCGACUCUUCCUGUUUGUUUGCCCUCCAGCGGCGCUGCCCUUCAUCAUCAUGACCAUCGUGUUCAAACCCUACCAGAGGGGCAUUUACUGCGACGACGAGAGCAUCAAGUACCCUCUGAGACCAGACACCAUCACUCACGGCAUGCUGGCCGCCGUCACCAUCUCCUGCACCGUCAUCAUCAUUUCCUCUGGAGAGGCUUAUCUGGUCUACAGCAAGAGGAUUUACUCCAACUCCGACUUCAACCAGUACGUCGCUGCUCUCUACAAGGUGGUCGGCACCUUCCUGUUCGGAGCAGCCGUCAGCCAGUCGCUCACCGACCUCGCCAAGUUCACCAUCGGCCGCCCGAGACCCAACUUCAUGUCCGUCUGCUCCCCGAAGGUGUGCACGGGCUACAUGCAGGUGAUCAACUGCACCGGCAGGCCUCAGGACGUCACCGAGUCCAGGUUGUCCUUCUACUCGGGACACUCCUCCUUUGGGAUGUACUGCAUGCUCUUCCUGGCGCUCUACGUGCAGGCCAGACUGGCGGCUAAGUGGGCCAGACUCCUCCGGCCCACCAUCCAGUUCUUCCUGGUGGCCUUCGCGGUCUACGUGGGUUACACCCGAGUCUCUGAUUACAAGCACCACUGGAGCGACGUGCUGGUGGGGCUGCUGCAGGGCGCGCUGGUCGCCGUGCUCAAUGUGCGCCUGGUGUCGGAUUUCUUUAAGAAGCGUCCUCCACGCUGCGUGAGGUCCGACGCGGCCGACAGCGAGGAGCCGGAGAGGAAGCCCAGCCUUCAGAUCGCAGACUCGGAGCACAGCAACCAUUACAACUACCACCACAGUCCCGGCACUGUGUGACGGGGGACUGACGCUCGGGGCACAAAGGCCUGCAGACACCACAAACCUGUGUGACAAUCCAGCAGCUUCACCUCCCGACGGAGCAGCCGGCGCUGUUUAGUUAACCUGGGUCAUCUGCGGUCCCGAUCUGCAGGCUGCCCUCGAACUUUAGUGAGUUCAGCAAUCGGCCUUUUGUAUUUCUGUUUGAAAGGAGCAACAGCUCAGGCGGGGCUCUGGUCUGUAGCUUCAGUCCCUCCCUCUGUUCAACCACUCACCUGCCCCCCACCUGCUCCACUGGACUGACUGAGGGGGGCCCGGUGCCCUCACCCCCCUCAGAGACGCCAUGAUGACCUCCUGUCCUCCUGUAGGAGAGGAAGGAGAACGCUGUUUUAUAAAGACAUCGUUAUUGAUGUCAAAGUGUGUGUGGUUAAAGCUGCAUUAAGCGACAGACUCCAAACCGGCUGCAGCAGAACCACGACCUGGUUCUGCCUUCCAGAACCAACAAGCUGGACGUCCCGACGUUAGAAGUUCUCUGCAACCAUCUGACAUUCAGUCUCCUUAAUUCAACAUCUAGUGAGAAAAAAGCCUUCUGCCUGAGUUUAGUUUAGUUUUUUUUUACAUAAAUGAGAUGUGAAGGUGGUUCAGUUUCAGCCAUGUGGAUGAAAACAGCCACACAGUGACGUCUGGGGUCAACAGGACAACUUCAGUUUGGGGAAUUAGCGUUUUCUCUUCAAUCAAAUGUAUUUUUAAUUAGCAGUCUGAGAGUCUUUGGGCGUGUUAACGUAGAGGAGGAGGCGUGAAAUCCUGAACUGAAAGUGAAAAUAAUGAAGUUAUGGAGCCGGUUUCAUCCAGUUACCUCGACGGAAAUUUAGCUUUAAUUCAACUGAUGCUAAAAUUUGACCUUAAACUAUGAACAACAUUAAGUUGAUUCAGUUUCCUUCAUUAUGAUGUGAACACACGCAGUCAGAACAAUGUGUGCAGCUCACAGGAUGAAUUAGACGUUUUCUCUUAACCUGGCAGCCAUGCAUUUAAUUAAGGGAUGCAAAUCGCUCUGUUGAGUUUCCUUUCCGGGUGCAGAACAGCCUACAGCUGCAUGCUAGUCCACAGUAGCAGCUGGUCAUAUGUUGUUAGUCACAUAUCGCUUAAUGGAGCUUUAACGUUUUUAAUGUGUGUGUUUUUUUAUGAUUUCUUCGCUGUAGUUUACCGACUGGUCAGCAGUGAUUACAGAAGCGGUGAGGAUGUUUGUGGAGGCUGGUGAAGUGAUUGGUUUCAUUCUAGAGCACCUUAAGACUGGAAGCCUCACGAGCUGGAAGUCAGCCGCCGAUCAGCUGACAAACCAGAACGCUGAGUCACGUCUUUCCACACCAACAGGUCUACUGACAGCCUGCUUUAAAGCGACGCUACAGGUCUGGUGAUCCCGGUGACUCACUGCUUUGAAUAACUCUGAUACCAGCUGCUUCCUAUAAGCGACUGUCACUGAUUCCGGGCAGCGCCAACUUUCAGCCUUUGUGUCCAAACUGGCUCAACAACAGCAACGCUUUUAACAUAAAUGUAAUGAUGGAGGUGAUGUAUGUUCAGCCUGUGUGAAGAGGACUGCAGAGGCAGAAACCAUGGAUCCAAACAGCUUCAGAGUUCUGCUGGACCCGGUGUGUCAUACCACUACGAUAAGGCCAAUCCUAUUACCUUCACUUUUAUUGUAAUGUUUUAUUUCACAGAUAAUAAUCAAAGAAGGAAGAGACAACCAUUUUGAAAAUGGUGUUUAAUUUAUUUUAAAUACAAAAAAAAGCCCUGUUAUUGACGUGUACGAGGCUGCAAAGCUCUGUUAAGGUGUUUUUUGUGCAAUCAGCCCUGCUUGCCACUAUGAGCCACAGAUACUGUAUCUCCUGAUGCUAUGAGACGUGUUUCGUGAAGGAUGUGUGUACAUAGAUAUAUAAAUGUUUUUAUUUCACGUGUAGGUAAGGUUUAGCUUCACCUGGACGGCGUGCUCUGGCCCGUGCCACACAGCCGGGUCCGGUUCCAGGUUGUGACCAUCAGCCAGACGCCUCAGCAGGCUUUUUAAAGGCUGUUGUAAUGAUAGAGAGUUACACACACCGGCUGGCAGCACGGCUUCAAAGACUGAUCCGUGUUCCUUCCCGUGUUGAUAGAUGGGUUAAUGUGUGCAGCGUGUUCUCCUGUACAGGUCAUGUAGAGCAAGCAGAGCCCUGCAGGACCGACAGUACAUCAGACGGACCACAAACUCGAUAACGAAGGGGUUAGGAGGAAACCGGGGGGACGGACGAGGGAAUCUCACCUGGUAGUGAUUGUGAGGCUCCAGAGCUGAGCCGGGACUAAAGGCGGCGGCGCACUUAACGGGGCGGAGUGUGGGCUAUCCCACGGCGAGCUGAGCUCCUGAGGGACCUCCACACAUUUGAAACACACGUUUACAACCAGAACCAGCUGGUUGCAGUGAAGCUCCUCCCCGACCCGCUGCAGUCGGACCAACGGCACAAAUGAGGAAACAGAAAUGUUCAUGAUUCCUCCCUCUGAACCCGUCUUUGGAAAUCCAAGGUUCUCAGCUGUUGUUGUGGCUCCACGUGUUGUUUUAAAGCUUUUAUCGGGUCAGAGCCUUCCAACGGCUGCUUUCUGUGUUUUUAAUGCGUCACCUUGUGGCUGUGGUUCAUGUCCAGUGUGUGUGUGUGCUUUGUUCAGCCUAUAGAUUCUGUCUAUAGCUUCAACCAGAGGAUUUUAAAUAAAGAUGUAAUCCACA